AUGGCUGCGCUCGCUGAGAUGGUGGGGGCUGACCUGUAUUCCUGUGUCCGAGUCGUCGUUUACACGACCGACAUGUACAGGUACCGACCAAUGUGCAAUGAGGUGCAGAUUGAGCUCUGGGGCGACGACGCGAACACGUACCCGCCCCGAACGAUUAUCGAGGUUGAUCGACUGAAUGAAGACGACAUUGUCGAGGUGGAGGGCACUUUCUACGCGCCUCACUUGAACAAAAAGAAGCCCGGACAUUAG